AUGGCAAGCUCAAGCUCAAGCUCUAAUCAACAUGUCACAUUGGAUGUUGGAGAAGAAUACACAUACCCAUAUCCAUCAAAUCCUGCUGCAGCAGGCUUUAUUAGUGUGAAGCUGAGUGGUAGGGACAAAUACGGUGUUUGGAAAACACAGAUGCUAUGUCUCUUAAAGAGUCAUGGUAUGUUUGGAUUCGUUGAUGGAACACUUGUAAGCCCUCAAACAAGUAGUAGUGUUUACAGGAGGGAGAAAGUGUGUGACCAUAACAGUCUUUGGCUGUGGACAAGAUCAGAUGCUCUUGUGAAAGGUUGGAUUCUUGGUUCCCUCUCGGAACAAACACUCAUGGAUGUUGUGGAUCGUCUUACAGAAAAACUUCAUUUAGAUAGAAAUGCAGCAGAAGAUUUCAGUGCAAAAGAUGUAUGGGAUGAACUGCAGACUAUGUAUGCUCCUCCUGCUGUUGUUCCACAACUGCCUCCUGUUGUUGAAGAUACACUACAAGGUGAAGAUGAAGAAGACAGAGCAUUGAAUCUCCAACGAUUGUACAAAUAUGCUCAAGAAGAAUAUUGGGAUGUGGUUGAAGGGAUUUUGAGUCAUGGAAGGGUUACCGUGACAGACAAAAUCACGAAUAAUGGCAACACCGUGCUCCAUGUAGCAGUCGGUAUUUCCAAGAACCCGGAAUUGUUAGAGAAAUUGUUGGAAAGGAUACCCGAGAACACACAAUUAAUGGAACUGAGAAAUUCAGAUGGAAGCACACUGCUUCAUGUCGCAGCCAUUAUUGGCAACACCCAAGCUGCUGACAUCUUGGUGGCAAGAAACCCAGAGUUGUUGUUGGCCGAGGACAACGAGGGUCAGACACCACUAGCCUUGGCUCUUUCUAAUAUGCACACCGACACAGCCCGACAUCUGUUGCAACAUAUCAAUAAUACUGAUGACAUACAGAAGGAUGCCCUGUUUUCUGGCAAAACUGGUGAUGAGCUUCUAGUUAGUGUUAUUUCCUCUAAAGAUUUCCGCUUUGCCAGAAAACUAUUGAAGCAUUACACAACAUUGCAUUCUGAUGCUGUGCUUAUGGCUAUAGCUCAAAAUUUCCCAAGCCAAGUCAAUAUGUUUGAAAGAUAUAAAGCCUGCAUUUACAGAAUUGACAGAUCUUCCCCAUGGGUUGAUAGUUUGAUAAUCAGCGUAAUCAUUCUUGUGACUUACCUCAUCCUUAUGCUUUUGCUGUUUAUCCCUGGGAUGUUAGUGUGGUUAUCAAUUAAAGAGAGAGUUGAAACUCAUGAAGAUGCUAUGAGACUGUUAGAUUCUUAUGGGAAUAACCUGUUGCAUCUAGCUGCAAGAUUGGCACCUAACAACAAACUGAAUCUUAUAUUGGCGGCAGCUUUACAAAUACAACGUGAACUGCAAUGGUUUAAGGAAGUGGAAAAAUUCAUCUGUCCUCUAAGCGUAAUACAAAAGAACUCUUUCAAUGAAACACCACAAAUGGUAUUUAGUAGAUAACACAAGGAGUUGGUGAUUGAGGGAGAAAAAUGGAUGAAGUCCACUGCGGAGUCCUACACGAUUACAGCUGCAUUAAUCAUCACCGUUGUGUUUGCGGCAGCUAUUACAGUGCCAGGAGGAAACGAUCAGAAUAAGGGGAUACCAAUUUUUACCAAUCACACCGCUUUCACAGUAUUUGCAAUAUCAGAUGCCAUAUCAUUAUUUGCAGUUGUUACAUCAUUGUUAAUGUUUUUUGUCGAUUCUCACUGCACGUUUUGCUGAACAAGACUUUCUCUUUAAGUUGCCUACAAAGUUGAUAAUUGGUUUGGCGACCUUGUUCAUCUCAACCACAGCCAUGAUAGUAGCUUUUGCUGCAACAUUGUACCUUGUAUUUGGCCAAAGCAACUCGAGGAUUCUUAUUCCAAUAGCUGUCUUGACAUGCCUACCAAUCACCUCUUUUGUUACCCUACAGUUCCCUCUUGUCAUAGAUUUGAUUAGUGCUACAUAUGGCCGUAGUAUUUUUGGUAAGAAAAGUGACUAUCCUUUUUAUUAAUUAUUUUUCUUUGAUUAUAAAAUGGCAGACCAGAUAGAUGUGAAAAGUGGUAAAAAAUGUAG